AUGCGUUGUUUGAACAGCCGCAGCAGCAGCGCGGACUUCCCCCAGCAGCAGCAGCAGCUGCAGCAGCUGCUGCAGCAGCAGCUGCAGCAGCAGCUGCAGCAGCGGCCCCGCUGGCUGCUGCUCCAGGAGCCAGAGUCGCCCACGGACUUCGUCCCCCAGACUGCAGCAGCAGCAGCUGCAGCAGCAACAGCAACAACAGCAGAAAGGCAAAUAAGGCUGUCCGUGAGGCAGCAGCUGCUGCGAAGACACAAAUGGAGAUGGGCUGGAAUCCCUGUUGCUGCUGCUGCUGCUGCAGCAGCAGCAAGAAAAGCAGCAUCAGCAACAUGGUGGCUUAGCUGCUUCAUUAAGUGCAUCGGACUCCUUUGCUGCGACAGGCGUCUGCGGCCCCGGCGGGAAGCCAAAACUCUUAUGAGCUGCAACUUCGAACUCCAAAAUAAAAGAAACUGGAUGCCCCUACUUCCUGAACCCAUGGAGUUCGAUGAGAGUCAGCAGCGAGAGGCAGUAGCAGCUUAUGAGACCACUAGAGCAGCAGCAACAGCAGCAGCAGCUCCAGGCGCAGACGAAGCAGCAACAGCAGAAGCAGCCGAAGCAGCAGCAGCAGCAGCAGCAGCACAGGCCCUUCAGGUGUGGGGUGCUGACGCCACUCGUGUGGCGCUUCUGCCCCCCAUAGGCAGCGUCAGCCCGCGGCUGUCCGAGUUGCAUUUCACUGCAGCAGACACAGCAGCAGCAGCAGCAGAAGUAGAGCAGCAGCUCCAGGCCUCGCUGCAGCAGCUGCUGCAGCAGCACUACAGCGAAGCUCCUGUCUUCAGCGCCUCUAGCAGAAGCAGCAGCAGCAGCAGCAGCAACAGAUGGGUACAGCAGCAGCUGCUGUUUGCUGCUGAGCCCCAUGAAGCAGUUUAUGAAGUAUUAAGCAGCUACGAGGAAGCCAGGUGUACAAACAGCUGGUCCCGUUUGCUGCCAGGCCAGUGUGAGGCCUCCACAGCAGCAGCAGCAGCAACAGCAGCAGCAGCAACAGCAGCAACAACAGAACACAUGUUGCAGGAAGCUCUGCGGCUAGCUGUGGCUAGCUGUUUCCCAGGGAGGCCCCUGCGGGGCCUCGUGCUGCACUUUAAAGAGCUAGACGCCAAUAAGCUGCUGCAGCAGCUGCUGCAUGCAAAGAUCUUUGACCAGCAGCAGCAGCAGCAGCAGCAGCAGCAGCAGAGCGUGACUUGCUGCGUGUGUCUGGUGCUGCGCCUCUUUUCUUACCCCUGCGGCCUAUACAGCGGGUGGCUAUUUGCUGCUGCUCUUGACUGA